CCCGCAUACACCUUUUAUAUACAUUUCUCUCCUCGUACUUGUAUCUACUGACAACUUAUAUAACCCUAUUACUCUUCAGCCCAACCCUGCAAACUGCCUGAAGAGAGACAAUGCCAUACCCCAGACCACCUCAUACAAUCCAACUCGUCAUCCCCCACUUGCUCACCGACUCUCAAUUCGAGAUGGUCGAAGACCUUACUUUCAUGCACUUUGAGAGUACCUUGGAAGCAUGGCCUAUAAGCCUCAAGAUCAUUACCGAACUGAACGAAUCUAUCCCUCUCCCUGCUCCCGCUCCCCAUUCCUCUCCACCAUCCUCAAAAGAACCCCAUACAACAAAUCACAAAGAAGAAGCAGAAGGACAGAGAGAAUCAGAAACGACGACGACAAGGAUUAGCGUCUCCACAUCCAAAGAAUGGGAUCCAGCGAGCGAAGAGGCUGUGAGGCGGAUAGUGAGGAAUAUAUUGGUCGAGAUUCUUGGCGGGGGGGAUCCAAGUCAAGCGUGGAUAAGCUCAUUGUAUUUCCUUAACAGUAGACAGCCACCGCAUGCCAGAUGA